AUGAAUGGGCUCGAAAUCUCACCAUUCAUCCAAUCUUUACCCAAGGUCGAACUCCACAUACAUAUUGAGGGCACUCUGACACCAAGGUUGCGAUGGAAACUCUCCAAGCGAAAUAACAUAAAGCUGCCCUAUGAUACAUACGAGGAUCUUGUUGCCUCCUACGCCGUGACAUACAACCAUCGCAAAGAGGUGAAUGGCGACAAUGGCGCGCCGACAUUUCUCGAAGCAUUCUACGCAGGAUGUCAAGUGUUGCAGACCGAAGAGGACUUUUACGAACUCGCCAUGGAGUAUUUCCAGAAGGCGGCGAAGAUGAACGUACGCUAUGUCGAGCCUAUGUUCUCGACGCAAGAUCACAUCCAACGUGGAAUUCCGGCGCAAACGGUGUUGGAUGGCUAUCUCAGAGCUCAACAUGACGGGCCUGGCAGGUAUGGUAUUCACAGUAACUGGAUCUUCUGCUUCCUCCGCGACCACCCUGUCCUGGAAGCAAAAGAUGCCUAUGAGGAGGCACUACCAUGGGGAAGCGUGGAGGGUGGAAAAGGUCUCUUUCACGCCGUCGGACUCGCGAGCAAUGAAUUUGGCCGGCCACCAUUGAUCUUUGAGCAACAUUUUCGUUGCCCGAAAAGUGAUGGACUCCAUGUUACCAUGCAUUGCGACGUGGACCAGAAAGACGCUGUGGCCCAUGUCCAUGAGACCAUAUUUGAUAUCCUCAACGGUCAAGGCACCGAGAGGAUCGACCACGGAUUGAACGCUGUCGACGAUCCGAGAUUGAUAGCAGGACUCAGAGCCAGGAACAUUCCUUUGACACUCUGUCCGCAUGCAUACCAUCGACGACAGAAAACGGAGGUAUUGUUUCCCAAGAUCACCAAAUUAUGGAAAGAAGGGGUCAAGAUUUGCAUCAACUCAGACGAUCCAACUUACAUGCAUAAUGUAUGGAUUGACGGUAAUAUGCAGAAAGUCUAUACUUACUGUUCGUUCACCAAAGUAGACAUGAUAAACCUCGUUCGCAACGCUGUUGAGGCCAGUUGGGCUGAGCAAGGCAUCAAGGAAGCUAUUCUCGAUGAGUUAGCUGCUGUAGAUGUGACAGAAGACAAUUGA